CAUCAUAUAUUCCACACUUAGCAUAAAAAUUUACCAACUCUCUCUUCUGAUCACAUAAACCCUAAUUUUCUCUGUCGUCUACACAAAACUAUGGAAAUUGAAGCUGCCACUCUUGAGAAAAGAAGAAACAUAUCAACCAUAUCCAUGCACAAACAGUCAAGAACACUAGCCAAAUCGAAGCCAAAGAUCCGAAUCAUCCACAUAUUCGCACCGGAGAUCAUCAAGACCGACGUCUCCAACUUCCGUGAAAUCGUCCAGAAUCUCACCGGAAAACAAGAUCAUCACCCCCACCAAAAGGUUCUCAAAAGAAACCCUAGAUCUAGAAGAAGUCAUGAUCAUCAAGUCCAUGACAUACACAAGAGCCAUGGAUUCUGCAUAAACUCAGAAGCAGCAGAAGAAGAAGGGAUGGUUUCGAUGACGUGGAACGGAAGCGGCGGGAGCUCCGGUGGGUUCUUGAACGGAUUAGGAGAUUACGACGGCUUCAUCCACGAGCUAGAUGGAUUCCCUUAUUUUCCCUUGACCAUUGACCCUCCCCUUGCUUCCUCCCACUUACAUGGCAGCGUUUUCGUAGAGCCUCAUCAAUACUCCUAAAUCGUCUAAAAAAGGGGAAACAUUUUCUUUAAAAGAAAACUCUAUCUAGAAGCUAAUUUUUUUUUUCCAACCGUUAUAAAGUUUUACUUUUGGAUAAU